AUGGAGAAGCAAAGCGCUUCAAGGACUCAAGAUGAACUUUAAUUUUUAAGUGAUUAACUAGGAGACUUAUAGUUUUUCUAAGAAUAUGUAUAAGAUGAUAUGGUAGACUUGUUAAAGAGAUGUGUUAGAUAUGUUAAAUACAAAUUUUGUAAAAAGGGUGAAGUUAUAUUUCAUAUAGAUUCUGAAGCAGAUAAAUUUUAUAUUAUAAUCAGUGGAUUAGUAGGUGUAUUUACUAGACCAUCAGAUGGUAAUUAAAAUAGAAAAAGGAAGAAGAAACAUUUUGAGCAUAUUAUUAAAAGAAAAAAAGAUUCGUUGAACACUGAUUUAAACAUUAAUUAAUCGAUGGCAUCAUCUAUAAAUCGUAUGUCAUAAAUUGAACUUCAAAACAUCUCAGCAGAAAAAAUUGAUGAUUCUAGAUUAAGAUUAAGCAUAGCUUCUUUAUGUGAAGAUAAUAUUGAUGAUAAACGUGCAAGUAUGAAAUGUAUUUCAUAAUAUUCAUCAAUGAAAAGUAUCAAAAAUUUAUAAUAACUAAAAAGAUCUGUGUCACCUACAUAUAAAAAAAAUAAUGAAAAAUUUAUAAGAAUUUAGGAUAAAUCUUCUUAAAAAAGUAUUGCUUCUUAAAUUGUUAAGCAAAAUAAAUCGAACGCUUAAAAUGUAGCAGCAAAGGCAUAAAGAUCUUUAACAAUAGAUGCAUAGGAAAAAAAAUAAAGGUCAAUGAAUAUUUAGCAAUAAGAAUAAGGAUUCUUUCUUACUCAAGAUCAAGAUUAAAAAAACAUUAUAUAGAAUAUAUCUUAGUAAGAACUCUAAACUAAAAAUGAAGCUAUUUAGAUGAAUAAAAAUGUCAAGAACAAUUUAGGAUUAGGUAAAGAGUAAGAUAUAACUGAUAAAAAGCAUAUUUAUUAUUUUGGAGAACAGCUUACAAAAGCAAAAAAUAUGGAAUCAGGAACUGCUUUUGGAGAAUUAGCACUUGUUUAUAAUAAAGAAAGAGCAGCAACAAUAAUUUGCUUGCAAGACACUCAUUUAGCUUAUAUAGAAAAGGAGCAUUUUAUUUAAAUAUUUAGUUAAAAGGAGGAAAGAAGAAUAUAGUAAUAGGCAGAGUACAUAGGAAAACUGCCACUGUUUUCAAAUUUCUCUUUCUAAUUUUUGAGAGAUCUAUAUUACAAUACUAUUUCAUACAAAUGCAAGAAAGGAGAAACUAUAUUUUAAGAAGGGUCUUCCCCUGACAAUGUAUAUAUAGUAAAGAAAGGAGAAUUCGGGAUUUUUAAACAGUUUCAAGUUUUAAACUAAGCUCCAGAUAGCAUUCAGAUUGGUAAAAAUGAACAAUUAGAGGUCAAAUCUGUCAAUCCAUUAUUUCACAAGAAAAUGUUAAAGAAAAAAUAAAUCAAGAUAAUGAGUUUAGGAGAAUAUGAAGUUAUUGGGGAUAGUGAUUUAGUUUAAUCGAGAAAUCGCGAAUAUUCAUUGAAGUGUACUUCUUUAGAAGGAGAGCUGCUGGUUAUUAAAAGAGAGUAUUUUGAAGAUAAAAUUUUUAAAUAUUAAGACACUUUCAAUGAGAUACUUAAGAGAUGCAACAACCAAAAUAUUCUUUUAAGUUAAAGGAUAGAAAAUAUUUAAAAUUAGAUAGAUUUGUUUUCUAAUUAGAAUACAAAUAAAACCUUUGAUAAAAAAGAAAGAAGUUUUACAAAUCUAAUAACUGAUAAAUAAGGAAUAGACAGAAAACUUCCUGAUUCUCCCACACAAGAGAAAAAAAGAUAAUUUGAAUACCACAAAAAAAUCCUUAUCCACUCUAAUAUUUAAAAUUGCACAGAUGAUAUUAUUUUACCAAAAAUACAUAAAAAUAUCUCACCUCACCCUUAAGAAAAUUCAUAAAUUUAUCCCAAAAGUACGGCUAACAAAAGUUGUUGCUAUUCAUCUGACCAGAAAUAUUUUUUGUAAUCUAGUGCAAGAAGUCACUACGAAAAUACACUCAUUUCAGAAUUUGACAAUUAAUAUAAUUAAGAUACAAAAAAUGUAUUAGGGAAUAGCAGCUUAAAUAAAGAUUAUACUUACAGAGUUUAAAAGAAAUAAAUAAUAAAAGAUGGUAUUAAUAGGCAGGAAAUCAUAAAUUAGUAGGGAAAUGAUCGUUCUAUAAAAAGUACAAAUAAAAAAGAGAACUAAGUCUAGGAGAUUAAUAAGUAUUAUGAACCCUUAGAAUAUUAGUUUAUGAACCAAUAAAAGAGUAGAGAUAUUAGACUAAUUAAAAAUAAAAGGAGCUUACAGUUAUCAUUAGAGUAGGAACAACAUAAUUUGACUACUGAUAUAUAGAGAAUGAGCUUUACUCCCAACAGUACAAAAACACUUGAUAAUUCAAUAGGAAAUUAUCUAAGAGAGAAACAAAAUCUUUCUUAGUUUGAAAAUUAGCUAAAUUAAAGUAUAUUUAUUGAUGGAUAAAAUCAAUCAGAUUAGAGGAAACUGUUUGAUAGAGAAAAUACAAAAUCUGUUUAGGGUAAAUAAGUAGCACCCCAUUUCAGGUCAAUAUCUUAAUAGGAUGUAUCGACUUAAUAGUAUGAGACAUAUGAUAUGAAUUCCCAGAAUUUUUACUACAAUAAAAAUAAGCAAGUAACAAAAGUCUAAAAUAUUUCUAAAAAAACGAUUUAGGAGACAAUUUAAGAAGGAGCAGAAAAAAAUUAGCAAAAAUAAGGAUAAGUACCACCAUUGAACUUGUAGGAAUAAUCGAAUAGAUUAAAGAGGUUUAGCCCAAAUUUAAAGAAUAGUAAGAAUUUAAAAAUAGGGAACCACACAGAAAGAAUAUCCAGCAAGAAGGAAGAACAAGAGAAAGUAUUCAUGGACUCUACAUAUGGGUAUUUUCUGAAAAAAGAGUAAGCUGCUUAAGAAGUUUUUACAGAAAGAUAUAAUCAGAAACCUGUGCUAAUAGAAAUAAAGUAAACUGAGUAUAAUAAAAUAGAGUAAAAUAAAAAGAAAAUUGAAAAAUAUCAUCAGCAACCAAUAUCACAAUAAGAGAAAAUUCUACAAACUCUCAUAUUUUCUAACAAAAAGAUAAAGAAACAUUUAUUUUCUAAGAUUUUAGGAGAUGAAUAUAUGACCAUAUAGAAUAAUCUCCAGUCAUAGCAGUCAGAUCAAACAAAAAGGAACAAUUAAAAUAGACAAGAUAAACAGACUUAGAGCUAAGCAACAAAAUAUAUAGGAAGUGAAUCCGCAAGUUAAAAUGGUAUUUUGACUUCCGAUUUUGGUACACGAAGAAGCUAAGAGACUGUUUAGUGUAACUAUUAUAAUUUAAACAAUGGUUUUGACUAAUUUCAAAAGGAGUAGCUGCUUACUAAUAAUAAUUGCAAAAAUGAAAAUAAUCCAUCAUAGAGCGAUAUCAAACCAGUAAAAAUAACAUCUGCGCAAGCUAUUUAAUUAAAUAACUAGUAAGUAUACUAAUAAGCGUCUUUGAAUAUCAAAGAUUUAAAUCAAUAGUAAUAGUUAAAUUAACAAAUUUCAGAUGAUUAAAUAAAUAAAUUAAAUUAGAAUAGAUUACUUGAGGAUAUAUCUUCAGGUGACUAAAUUUGUAAAUAGAACUAAAAAAUAAAAGACUUACCUAUUAAUAAUAAUACUUCUAUUAAUGAAAGCAGAGAAUGUGUUCCAACAAAAAUUAAAAAAUUAGGAGAAGUAGAAAAAAAUGCAAGUCAUAAUUAGUAAUCAGUGCUGAAAAAUAAUAUUAAUAUUUUCCCUGAAAUUCUAAAUUUCAAUCUAGAAUCAGAAAGUAAAUUUAUUUUUGAGUAAUAUUAGUUUCUCGAUUCUAUCCGAGACUCUCAAAAAUACAAAAUAGGUUCUGCAUCAGUUUAGAAUAGAUUCUUUAAAAAAACUAAAAAAAAAAUGCAAGAAACUAGAUAGAAAAUAAACUAAUUAAAUUAAUAAGAUAUUCAUUGA